CCGCCCAUGUGCCGCAGGUUCUCUUACAUCGACCGCCUAAGAGUCGCGCUGUAAGAAGCAACAACCUCUCCUCCUUCUCUCCGCCAUCUGCUCGGCAGCCACAAAACAGCAACUAUGCGUGAGUGCAUCUCCAUCCACGUUGGCCAGGCUGGUGUCCAGAUCGGCAAUGCCUGCUGGGAGCUCUACUGCCUGGAACACGGCAUCCAGCCCGAUGGCCAGAUGCCAAGUGACAAGACUAUUGGGGGAGGAGAUGACUCCUUCAACACCUUCUUCAGUGAGACAGGCGCUGGCAAGCAUGUGCCCAGGGCAGUGUUUGUAGACCUGGAACCCACGGUCAUUGAUGAAGUUCGCACUGGCACCUACCGCCAGCUCUUCCACCCUGAGCAGCUCAUCACAGGCAAGGAAGAUGCUGCCAAUAACUAUGCCCGAGGUCACUACACCAUUGGCAAGGAGAUCAUUGACCUCGUCUUGGACCGAAUUCGGAAACUGGCUGACCAGUGCACAGGUCUUCAGGGCUUCUUGGUUUUCCACAGCUUUGGCGGGGGAACUGGUUCCGGGUUCACCUCCCUGCUGAUGGAACGUCUCUCUGUCGAUUAUGGCAAGAAGUCCAAGCUGGAGUUCUCCAUUUACCCAGCCCCUCAGGUUUCCACAGCUGUAGUUGAGCCCUACAACUCCAUCCUCACCACCCACACCACCCUGGAGCACUCUGAUUGUGCCUUCAUGGUAGACAAUGAGGCCAUCUAUGACAUCUGUCGUAGAAACCUCGAUAUUGAGCGCCCAACAUAUACUAACCUGAAUAGGUUGAUAGGUCAAAUUGUGUCCUCCAUCACCGCUUCCCUGCGAUUUGAUGGAGCCCUGAAUGUUGAUCUGACAGAAUUCCAGACCAACCUGGUGCCCUAUCCUCGCAUCCACUUCCCUCUGGCCACAUAUGCCCCUGUCAUCUCUGCUGAGAAAGCCUACCAUGAACAGCUUUCUGUAGCAGAGAUCACCAAUGCUUGCUUUGAGCCAGCCAACCAGAUGGUGAAAUGCGACCCUCGCCAUGGUAAAUACAUGGCUUGCUGCCUGUUGUACCGUGGUGACGUGGUUCCCAAAGAUGUCAAUGCUGCCAUUGCCACCAUCAAGACCAAGCGUACCAUCCAGUUUGUGGACUGGUGCCCCACUGGCUUCAAAGUUGGCAUUAAUUACCAGCCUCCCACCGUGGUACCUGGUGGAGACCUGGCCAAAGUACAGCGAGCUGUGUGCAUGCUGAGCAACACCACAGCCAUCGCUGAGGCCUGGGCUCGCCUGGACCACAAGUUUGACCUGAUGUAUGCCAAGCGUGCCUUUGUUCACUGGUACGUGGGUGAGGGCAUGGAGGAAGGAGAGUUUUCUGAGGCCCGUGAGGACAUGGCUGCCCUUGAGAAGGAUUAUGAGGAGGUUGGUGUGGAUUCUGUUGAAGGAGAGGGAGAGGAAGAAGGAGAGGAAUACUAAAGUUAAAAUGUCACAAAGGUGCUGCUUUUACAGGGAAACUUAUUCUGUUUUAAACAUUGAAAAGUUGUGGUCUGAUCAGUUAAUUUGUAUGUAGCAGUGUAUACUCAUGUACAAUUACUGACCUAUGCUUUAAAACACGAUGCUUUGUUAUAGUUCCAAGCUAUCCAUUUCUCUGGUGGGUUUGAAUAAAGUAUUCCCUGUCUUAAA